AAAUGAUUAAACUUUUAUUUUGUACUCCCAUGUCACUUCCCAAGCAGGAAGAGACUGUAGUGCAAGUAAACAGGACACGUAUUCAGGUUAUUGCGGUAGUGGUUGUAUCAUUGAGCAUGAAACCUGACUGAGUGAUACAACAUGGAGAAAUUUGGCAUGAGCUUCGUUGGAGGCCCAAGCAAGAAAGAACUGCUUGACACCAUUGAAGUGCAGAAGAAACAACUAGUAAAGUAUCAGACUCGUUUUAAAGAUGUUGUCAGGGCAUACCAAGGCCUACUUAAGGAAAAAGAAGCAUUGGAAGCCAGCCUGCAGGUCCUGACCAUUUCUCAAAAGGUCGACUUAAGUCAUCGUGAGGAUGGUUUUUCUUCAAGUGGAAGCCAUGGGAACACAGAACGACCAUCUGACUUCGGGGAUGACCGCUGUUCCCUUCAUAGUGAAGAUAGUCAGGACACAGCAGCCUCUGCAGAUACAGCCGCCAGUGUGACCAGUAGUAGCACAAAAGGAGACCUAGUGGAGGAGGACCAAACCUGUACAGUAGAUGGAGCUAUUGGUGUCGUCGCACCUGUCUUGACCCAACAAGCUGAUGAAGCAAAUGGGUCUGAGAGCGGCAUCAGUACCGGAAGCAGUGGAUGUAUGGAGCAGCCACCACCCGCUGUUUCCUCUGCAGUAGAAGCAGACCGUUGUGUACUCCAGCUGAAAACACAACUAUCCACCCUGACCAGUUCCCUGGUAACCGUCACUCAAGAGAAAUCCAGAAUGGAAGCCUCGUUCCAGGCGGACAAGCGGAAGAUGAAGCAGGAACUGGAGGAGCUACAGGCCAGGAUGGAAGAAGUUCAGAAGCAGCACCAGGCGGAGCUUCAGAGCCUGCAAGAGCAACUGGCAGAGAGCAAAGCCCGUGUCAUCACCCAGCAGCACGAACGGGAACGGGAGCAAAGCGAUCACGCGCACAUGCUCAGAGAGCUCCAGAAACUCCUCCAGGAGGAGCGGGGACUGAGACAGGAUGCAGAGCUCAAACUGGAAGAUGCACGAGAAGGCCUAGCCGAGGCGAUGCAGGCAGCGGAUCGAGGGCUGGAUUCUGAGACGCAACUGAAAGACAUCACUCAGGAACUAGAUGAGCUGAGGAAGAGACUGAAGGCUGCAGAAGAGGAGAAGAGCAAACCAGACCCACGUGUGGAAGAGCUUCAGCUGGAGAUGGCAGAGCUCAAAGCACACUUUCAUCAGCAGCUUCAGCAGGAAAUAAGAAAGACUGCACAGACAGAGGAGCGUUUAAGAGACCAGGCGCAGAUGGAGGAAGCGCGAGUUGCCAGCCUCGAGGAGCGAGUAUCUGAACUUUCUGAGUUACUGGGUGCCUGCGAGAAGGCCAGACAGAAGGACCAACAGAACGCUCAGAGGUUGCGGGAGCGCAUCCUUCAACUAGACACGGAAAAUAAAACCUUGGCUAUCGCAGCCGUCAACAGGACGACAACGUCCGAUCUAAGCAUCGAUGACACAAACUUGAACGUGGACGUGUUGAAGGACAAGCUUGAGAAGGUGAAGAAGUUACUGCUGUUGGCUGCACAAAGAUCUCAAAACCAGAAUUUAGAUAUUGAAAGACUUAUAGAGGAAGAGAAAGACGUCGAAGCCUCUGAAGGUGAGAAGACCACCGUACUUCACUACCAGCAAGAGCUCCGGCAACUGAGAGAGGAGUUUGAACGCUACAAAAUGAGAGUACAAGGUGUCCUGAAGACUAAAAACACAAAAGAUGGCAACCAAGCCAAAGAGUUGGAGGAAGCACGUGACCAGCUGGCUGAGCUGAAGGAGAAGUACAUAAACCUUCGCAUCUCUUCAGAUGAAGCCGAAGCACGGCACAAACGUGAACUGGAGGAGCGACAGCAAGGUCUUGUGGUGCUCCAACAGGCCCAUAAACAGGAAGUUGAGAAGUUGGACGCCCAGCAUAGGGAGAACUUCCUUCGGCUCGAAGAAGAGCUGCACAAACAAAGAGACCGCACGAUGGCCCUACUGGCAGAAAAAGACCUCGAGCUGGAGCGGCUUCGGGCUGCUGCGGUGGUUGGCUUUGGAAGCCAUCAGAGAUUUCCUGCAAAUAAUGGUACAGUGAUGGAAGAAGGUGACGUGGAGGGGGAUGAUCCAGCACAGGAAGAAAGUGACAUUAUCGCUCAAGCCCUCAAACUAGCCGGGCCGAACGAGCCGACUUUAUUACUGUACGCCGAACAGCUUGCACGCAAGGAGGUAGAGGUUGCCGCUUUACGCAAACAAAAGCAUCGACUCCAAGAAGACUUGCACCAGUUGCAAGGAAAGCUCAUUGCUAAUGGGGAGAGACAUGAAGAAGAGAUUGCUGAGCUACGCGGCCAGCUGGACAAGCGUAUUCGGGACCAGGGAAGAGAUGGCGCCAAUCUUGAGUAUCUAAAGAACGUGAUUUACAAGUUUCUCACGCUGCAUGACACCAGAGGGCGACAGCAGACACUCACGGCUAUUUUGACCAUUUUGCACUUUAGUCCUCAAGAGAAGCAAGUUGUCCUGAAGCAGCAGGCCCACAGCUGGUGGACGGCAGGGAAGCGAUAAUGCAAAAAGAGACACUUUAUAGGCCAACAAUUUGGUGUGUAGUUGUGAAAGGGUACCAAAAAGAGCAACGUGAACAUAUUUCA